AUGUCUUCCACGCAAUUCGAACACAUCUUGACAUCCCGACCCGACCCUUCAGUCUUUCAGAUUACUCUCAACCGGCCCAAAGCGCUCAAUGCGUUAAGCUCACCUCUGUUCCUUGAACUCAACAAGGCCCUCUUUGAAGCCGAUGCUGAUGAUUCAAUAGGAGCGAUAGUUCUGACUGGUUCAGAAAGGGCGUUCGCUGCCGGUGCAGAUAUCAAGGAAAUGAAGGACAAAACCUUUGUUGAAGUCUACAAGAACAGCUUCCUCGAGAACUGGACUCAGAUGACGAAACUCAAGAAACCCGUUAUUGCGGCUGUCAGCGGAUAUGCGCUCGGAGGCGGAUGUGAACUCGCACUUAUGUGUGACAUCAUUCUUGCUUCGCCCACCGCCAAGUUCGGCCAGCCAGAAAUAAACUUGGGUGUGAUCCCAGGGGGGGGAGGCUCACAGAGACUCGCUCUAGCGGUUGGCAAGUCUCGCGCCAUGGAGUUGGUUCUUACUGGCCGAAUGAUAUCCGCUACUGAGGCGGCAGAAUGGGGAAUGAUUAGUAGGGUGGUCGGGGAAGGCGAAGGAAGGGUUGUCAAGGAGGCCGUGGCCAUGGCAAAGGAAAUUGCUAGUAAAGGUCAGCUCGCCGUACAGGCUGGCAAGGAGGCGGUCAAUGCUGCAUAUGAGAUGUCCUUGGAAGAAGGUUUGAGACUCGAACGAAGGUUAUUCUACGGACUCUUUGCAACCAAGGACCAAAAAGAAGGUAUGGCGGCAUUUGCAGAUAAAAGGACAGCGCAGUUCACGCACCAGUAA